GAACGCGGGCCGAGCGUGAAGGAAGUUAGCCACAGAAUCCUAGAUACCGACGGAAAGGGACUCGGAUCCAAUGGCGACCCCAGAGGCCAGUGGCAGCGGUAGCGGCGGGAAUGUCGAGGGCUCCGACCCCUCCGUCACCUACUACCGGCUGGAGGAGGUGGCGAAGCGAAACACUGCGGAGGAGACGUGGAUGGUGAUCCACGGGCGAGUCUACGAUAUCACUCGCUUCCUCAGCGAGCAUCCUGGUGGGGAAGAGGUUCUCCUGGAACAAGCUGGUGCUGAUGCAACUGAAAGCUUUGAAGAUGUCGGCCACUCCCCUGAUGCCAGGGAGAUGCUAAAGCAGUACUACAUUGGUGAUGUCCAUCCGAGUGACCUUAAACCUAAAGGUGGUGACAAGGAUCCUUCAAAAAACAAUUCAUGCCAAAGCUCCUGGGCUUAUUGGAUUGUCCCCAUUGUGGGCGCCAUUCUCAUAGGUUUCGUGUAUCGUCACUUCUGGGCUGACAGCAAAUCCUCCUGAGGAGGCCAUGUGGAAGCUGGAGCACAUACUCCCGGGAGUGAGAGGUGGAGACUUGUUUGGAGGCGCAGGGUGCUCCCUCCUUGAAUCCUGCCAGUUGUUUUCUUUCCCCUUGGAGCCAAGAUGGUUGACCAGAUAUCUAUCCUCCUUCACUGUAGGACCAGAGUCUUUCAUCAGCCAGAGCCUGACUCCCAAAGCACCUGCUCACGCUGUGUCCUUGCCAGGUUCUUCUCACUGGUUCCCACUCCUUCCCUUCAUUUCAAGAGUUGAUGCCAAUGACUUAGAGUUCUUAUGCUGUAGUGGUGUGGCCUUUGGGGGACACUACAUGAUUUCUCCUACUAUGAAUUCACAGUAGACGUAGUUAAGGAAACAGCAGUCUAGUUAUGAAUCUUUCCCCAUUUUUCUUUUAAGUAAAUUUAUUUUUUUUAAAUUCUGAUUUAAUUUUGUCAUUCAUCAUAAGGGAUUUGAUUCAUGAAGUUGUGUAUCUCUUAUUUCAAACACAGCUGCCAAAUGAUCUUAUUUAUGAUUGUUGGAAGUAAGGGGCCAGCAAGAUGGCUCAUUGGAUAAAAGCAGUUGCGGCAAAGCCUGGUGACCUGUGUCUGAGUUCCUCUACCCACAGGGGUGGGAGAGAACCAAUUCCCAAAAGUUGUCCUCUGACUUCCACAUGUGUGCUGUGGUCUUUGUACACGCACGCGCGCAUGCACACACACAGACACACACCAGAUGUAAAUUUUAAAAAUAGAAGUACAGCAACAGUGGCUGUCUACCCCCAGAUAGUGUAGCUGAUGCUCCUCCUGUCCCUCAGUCCAGCCGCUUUUUUCCCAAGAGUACUUCACAAAACUGUACAUCCCUUUGAUUUCUUAGGGAUAUAAGAGCUGAAGAAGGGCCAACUACAGAAUCAUCUCUUUUGCAAAGAGAACGAAACACUACUUAUAGGAUAGCAGUUUAAAAAGUGACCAACGUGUGCUCUCCGAUCUGACACCGGUUUCUAACCAUCUUCGCCCUGGCUGUCUUUACCAGUGAAAGAUGAGUGUGUGGUUAUCCAUGGAACUUCUCUACGGUACAUCGGGUUUCACAAAAGGCGUUCUGCUUUUUUGUUUACUGAUUUGCAAAUUUCUGAUUCCCUGUCUUAAAGUAAGAGCCUCAAGUUUGAUCUUAUAUUUAUCUCGGUAAAAUAACUUAUAUGUAAAUGUCACUGUCAGGCAUGCCCUUUCAGAUUGGAGACCGUACCAAGGGACUUCUGUUUUCAUCUGGGUUUUACCUCCAUGGCUCCAACUUGGUGAUUUUGUCCUACUUUUCUAUUGAGGAUAAUGAUAAAUCUGGAAGCUUUUUUCCCCCUUGGAUAUGAAUUUCAUUGGAAAGUAGGUAGUUGUUUAAAAUUCCUUUUCUCAUUGGUCCAGGCAUUUUCCUGGCACCUCUGGCUGUAUUCUUUCUCCCUGUGGCGGUGCCUGACAGUACCCAGCUGUUUCUUAGUUUCUAUGAUUUUUCUUCACAUCUUUGUUCAUUACCAGUCAGCUUCUGGGCUGGUGUCAUAUCCAGCAGGAAACCAUGGAAUUCCAGAAGGACCAGAGCUGUUGGGAAGUGUCCUCCUGCCUUCCUUCCAGCUUGCUAGGGGCUUGACAGGACAGGAACCUGCACAGUAAACCAGUCUGCUCAUGCAAACUAUUUUUAAAAAAGUUCAGCCCAGGACUCGUAUCCUGUGAUUUAGCAGUUGAAUGAAUUCAGAAUUCAUCAAAAUAACAUUAGGUUUUUCCUUGCACAUUUGGAUAUGAUAUUUUAGAGUGAUUUCUAGGUGACUUUUAUAUGUCAGAGAUGAAGACUUAAUCAACCUUUAAUCUUUAGAAACGUCUGUAAUAUUGUGUCAUAGAUUGACAGCAUACUUAUUCUGUAACAAAAGUGGCACACUGAGCGCACCUCCACCUAAAGGCUGGGAAGGCUGGGAAGGCUGGGAAGGCUGGGAAGGCCGGGGAGGAAGGCUGGGAAGGCUUGUGUGCAGGGAGGCCGGGACCCACUUGCUGGGAUAGGGAAGUCACAUGGAGUAUGCUGGGUAGAAGGAAAGGACAAAGGCACACUGUGUGCAGGACGGGAGCAUUCCAGCUAACACCAAACCUGAUGGUACACGUAGUGAAAAACAGCUUAUAGGAAAUAUUAAAGAACUGCAUUUUUGGCUGGGCAUGGUGGCACACACCUUUAAUCCCAGUGUGGGAGAGGCAGAGACUGGAAAAUCUCUUGAGGCCAGUCUGGUCCACGUUAGUAAGUCCCAGGACAGUCAGGGCUACAUAGAGAGACCAUGUCAGAACCACUCCACCUAAUAAAAGAACUGUAUUUUUAAGUGAAAUUGGUGUUUUGAUAUUUCUCCAGUAAACAUUAAUACAAAAACAUUUUUUUCUAUUUUACAUCUGUGUCUUUACCGCUUGUUACAGCUGAGCUCUUCCUCCCCUGAGAGCCAGAAGGAAAAGAGUUUCAUACUUUGUCUUUGCUAUCCAUGAAAUACAUCAGUACCCAGGGCUUCUUUUGAACUACUGAUAAUGUGAUAUCAUUUUAUAUUAUAAAAAAAUGAUACUGCUUUUUUUUUUUUAAUCUUUAAUCCCGGGACUUGGGAGGCAGAAGCAGACAGUUCUCUUGAGUUGUAGGCCAGCCUGGUUUACAGACCAAGUUCCAGGCCAGCCAAGGCUACAUAAUAAGACUGUCUCAAAACAAAACUCCCAAACCUUUCAGGUCCAUUUGCUGUAAUUCUGUUGCCUAGAUAAACAGCUAGGCAAAAGGUAGGUUUUAAGUGAGAGUUUGUCAAGGCUUUUCGUAAACAACAAAGCAAUACAACAUGUGCACAAGUGUAUUUUUAAAAGUCUGAACUUGUCAAAGAAGCCUUAACAUUUGAGGGUCAUGAAAACCAUUAUUAAGACCAAGAGGAGCCAUUUCCUGUCACUGACAGCCCCUCCUGACCUGGGGGCAGAGGCGGAUUUGGUUGUUUAUUCUUGAGGUGACCAGCUGCUGGCACAUAUACAGGUAAUGACAGGUGAACAUGAAAGAGAAUUUUGUGCUACCCAGAUACAGGGUGUUAAUGCCCAUUCUCAAUCAUCACUGAGUGAUAUAUCUAUUUGUAAAGAAAGCAACAGGACGCUGUAUGGACUUUAUAUCUCCUUGUGUGAUUACUUAAGCAGAGACAAGUCUGUCCAAAGCCAUCACUUGAGCUGGCUGGCUCUUGCGGCGGUUGCCAUCGGGGCUCAUGGUGUUGGGUUUGUGCUCAUUUGGUGCUGAUGGCGAGCAGUGAAGUGAUUUACCAGCCAGGUGUGUCAUCACACACGACACUCAUGCUUCUGUCUCAGGUGAUACCCCUCUGGCUGAAGUCGACCUGAGAUAACUGAAGCACACAGCAUUAAAUAUUCUUUGCCUCCUACCCCAGGGAAAGUGGACUCAGACUUGUCCUGUCUCGACAAGAAACUGAAGUGUUGAAGCUGUGAGGUUCCGUUGCCAAAUGUCUCAAAAGUAACGGGGAGCCCCGUCACAUUUGGCCAGCUUUGGGAUUUGUGGGAGUGGUCUAGGAGGGAGGCUGAAGAAGCAGGGAUAGGCCAGUCACCUGCCUUACGUCCAGUGUCUUACUCAUGAAUUGCAGGGGCCGCUCCUUGCCCACGCCUGCAUCGUCUAGAUCAGCUGCUUGGGUAGAGCAUCGUUUCGGUUAUUUAACUCACCUUUUCCUGUACCCUCUGCUGAGUGGCUAAUACUACAUUCCUUUUGUGAAUUCAACGAUGGAGUUUGUUUACCUAUUUGGUUUCAGCUUAUUUUGAACAAAGAUCUUUGUCUCUUUCUACUGGAAUGUGCACACAGUGAAUGUUUGUUAGAACUACACAAUAAAGAUACUGUUUUCCUUUUC